AUGCGUCUAAGAGUUGCCACACCGAAUGUGAGAAGUAUUCAAGGUGAUAAGAGGGGAGGGGAGACAGGAGGAAGGGCGAAAGUUUAUCGAGAGGUGACGGGAGUCGACUCCGAAAAUAUUGGGAUUUGGAGACACCUCAAAAGAGGGGGGGAAAUGAAAGGGAAGAGAAAAAGGGAAGAAAGAGGAGGGAAAAGGACCGCAGGGGAGGGAGAAGGGCAAGGCGAUGAAAAUCGAAAUGGACGGAUGGAAAUGGGGGGGAGAGGAGAGGUGAGGAGAGUAGGGAGGGAAAACGGAAGUAAAGUGGGAAAGCACAAGAAUGGUAGUCAACGGCAGGGCGAGAGGUCGACGAGGUUCAAGAUCGGUGGGUUUGUGGCCUUGGGAACAGGACCAAGAAACUCAGACGGACAGAUAAGAUUCAAGCGGACGGGGACAGUUGCAGACAAAGAAGCAAGAGAGCGUGAGCAGCUGAAAGGGAGGGAUUCGAUCAGUCAGCGAGAAAGGCGAAGGGAGGGCGUGAGUGUGAAAAAGAGUGAGUGUGAGAGUGAUUUGGUUGUUUGUGUCGAUGCUUCUUCUCUCUCUGCUGCUGAGGAAGAAGGGGGGGGAGAGGGAGAAAGAGAGGAUAAUUAUGUUCGCAUGAAGCACAAAACGAACUUCCAGUGGACGGGAGGAGAUGGGAGAGAGAGCACAGCAGCAGCAACGAGAUGGGGGGAGGAGAGGGGUUGGACUGAUUUGAUGGGAUGGGAUGAAAUGGAUGGAUGGAUGGAUGGAGAAUAG